AUGAUCGAAGAAGAAGAAUGGGCCAACGAGCAAGAGGCGAACCGCAAACCUGGUCAGAAACACCCGACGCCUUCGCCCGGCUUUGCUGAUCGGGUUUUCUACGAGAGUCUGUUGCAGCAGCGGCCAUCGAGUCGCAUGGCGCAGAAGUGGUGUCUGGAGUACGGUGUGCUGAAGUGGGCAGAGGCCGAGGCGCUCUGUAAAAAGACAGGCGUCAGUGCUCACAUGACGGGUAGUAACCGGUCGGCCAUAGCGAAGAAGCCCACGAAAAUGUCAGGCGCUACGAAUGCCCGCCGUGUUUAUGACGAAGAAGGAGCUGCCGAGGCCAUGGAGAUCUCGAGCGGUGGACACGAAGGUGUUGGGCGACGAGCUCUGUAG